CAUACACAUUCUUGUAUCGUGAAAAAAUUAGUACUGCACUAUGAUCAUUCAUAACAUUCAUUGAUGCCCCAAGGUACCCAACUCUGCACGUGUCAACAUUGGGCCAGGCUCCGUGAUCAGAGCUGCCAACAACUGCUGAGCCGUCUCCUCAAUGAGAGAACUGCAUUUGCAAAGUCGAUUCCCAACUUCAGUGACCUCAUUACGAAACUCGAACGCGAACCAGAGUCACUAACGAGCUUCCUCAAGUCAAUGGACAGUGCAGCGAAUGCAGCUCGUUGCGACGAUACAGGGUCUCUCAAGCAUACCGGACUUCAGUACAUGCUCGAUGACCCAGCCAAGGAUCGUUUCGACCCCCCGAUACUCAAGUCUCGAAGUAAGGCCUUGCGAGGGUGUAAUCACCCACAGACUGCACGACUAUUAGGUCCCGCACGGGAUAUCGCUGAAUUUGACAUAGAUCCCCAAGCUUAUAUGGACAAGGUGAAUGCGGGAGAGAAGAAGAUCAACGCAAAGCAGUGGCCAUCGAUGUUCUACGACAUGAGCUUGUACGACCCAAAAAACAAGAAGAAGGGAUUACUAGGUUCACGCACUCUAAAUCAGAGCAACACCGGCAAUCCUCAGAACGAUGCCCCUCCUACACCUCCUCGCAGUUCCCCUGGGCCAGCACCUCCUCGCAGCUCCCCAGCUCCUGUUAGUUAGGGUUAGCUAACUAACCACAACUUAAACCCAGGUCUCCAAACUAUGCGAUUGAUGAGUUUUGUUUUUCUUCUUUUGUUUCGCGGUCUCCCGGGUCUCAUUAUAGCUCAAGGUUCAGCGCUCAGCCGUAGCCUCCUGAAGCAAGAU